CCAUUUCUCUAAUUACUCGCUGCUCCACCUUGCUCUCGCGAGACCGUCUCCAAUGGCCGGGAUCUCCUUAUUGCGCCUCCCCUUCUCUCCGCGUCUCCUCCCAAACCCUAGUUCCCACAUCCUCCUCCGCGACCCUAGACCCCGCUUCCCCCCUUCAAACCCUAGAAUAUCAGCUCCUGUUCGUUGCUCCUCCACUUCUCUAGCUCCUUCACCGCAUCCACCUUCUCCCUGUUCCGAUCACGAAGGAGAGACGCGAUGGGAAUCCUUUCGCAAGAAGAAGGUCGUGAUGCGAGUCGGAUACGUGGGAACGGAUUACAGAGGGCUUCAGAAGCAGCACACUGUGAGCUCGUUCCCGACCAUUGAAGGAGAACUGGAAUCUGGAAUAUUUAAGGCGGGUGGUAUUCGUGAUAGUAAUUGGGGAAACCUGCAUAAAAUUGGGUGGGCCAGGAGUAGUAGAACUGAUAAAGGGGUCCAUUCCUUAGCGACCAUGAUUUCACUGAAGAUGGAAAUCCCUGAACAUGCAUGGCGAGCAGAUCCUAGCGGUACUAAUCUGGCAAAGUGUAUCAACUCUCAUCUACCCAGCAAUGUCAGAGUUUUCAGUGUUUUACCUUCUCAAAAGAGUUUUGAUGCAAGAAGAGAAUGCAUGGUCCGUAUGUACUCUUAUCUACUCCCUGCUGAAAUUAUUGGGAUCAAAGGUGGUUGCACCUUUGCAGAAAUAGAAGACCAUAUAUCUGAUUUCAAUGAUAUACUUAAAGGUUUUGAGGGAGAACACCCAUUUCACAACUACACUGUUCGUUCCAAGUAUAGGAAAAGCCCUUCUGGGAAACGCCACCUGAACAGAAGCAGCAGGAAGUUAAAGGAUGCUAUGUCUUCCGAAGCAACUGAGACUAUCAGUGAUUCCGACUCCGAGGGUGAUAAUGCUGCAUCAGAACAGUGCAAAGAGCAUACAAGUGUUCUUUCUUAUAGGGACUCCAGUACAGUAGCAGAUGAUUGUGCAGAGAAAGAAAAGGAUGAAUUUAAAGAUUCAGAGACUUGCAUAGUGGUUAAAGCAAGAUGGCUGCAUGAGCCUGAUGAAAUAGACCGACUAAAUGCAUCACACUUCAGAAAGAUCGUUAGCUGCUCCUGUGGAAAGCUGGAGAACUCUUCAGGAACAGAGUAUGUGGAGUUGUCCAUAUGUGGGGAAUCCUUCAUGCUACAUCAGAUUCGCAAAAUGGUUGGGACCGCCGUUGCAGUUAAGCGCGGAUUGCUAUCCAAAGAUAUUAUCAAACUCUCUCUUGUAAAGUUCUCCCGCAUUGUUUUACCUCUUGCUCCUUCCGAAGUCCUCAUCCUUAGGGACAGCAGUUUCUUUAUUAGAAACAAACCUGGAAAUAUUGUCCGGCCUGAAAUUCAGACGAUGGUCGAGUCCGAUGAAAUCAAGAAAUCAGUCGAUGAAUUCUACUCAGCUGUGUUAGUGCCCCAGGUCUCAAAGUUCUUGGAUGUAUCCAAAUCGCCAUGGAAGGAGUGGGUUGAUAAUUUGGACAUGUACACAAGAAUACCGGAUGCGGAGAUGGAGGACGUGAGGAAGGCAUGGAAAACUUGGAAAGAAGAGUAUGUCCAAGUGAGAAAAUCUCGAUCGAGUCACAGUUGUUUCGCAACAUCACCUACUGAAUCAUCAGAAAAAUAAAUGCUGGGGUUGUGUUUUUUCCUCUCCCCUGAUCUAAUUCGCACGGGGACUUUCUUUUUCUUCCUACUGUUCUAAUAUUCAUAGAGUUGAUGUUUAUUUGGUUACUGGGUAGGCAUUAGAUUUUCUGUUUACAAACCUUGUUUUCCAUGAAGAGUCUAUAAUAACUUCAUUUUUGUAACGAGAGAGUACGAUAUGGUUUUUGAAUUGUAUCUGCAUUAAUUUACAAGAAGAAACAAUUUUCUAAUCA